AUAAGUUUGCGAAUUUUUCGGUUCAUAGCGGGUAGUCUUAGCCGGACACUAAAACAAAUUAUAGAUGUAGCUAUUUACAGGAAGAGCAGGCUGCACUUUUCAUUCUGCACAUUUGGACAGUAGUCGUUUUAUGAAUUAGUUUUCGUUAAUGAGACAAAUCUUUAACCAUCUUAAGGCUUUAAGUCGUAAUUCUACAAGUUUUCCACUGCUGCUGGAUGAUGACGAAAUGCUUUUCUGGCAGCAUCCUCGGAGUCAGCCUUAAAUUAAAGGAAAGCGGCAAAUGGAAAAACACGUAAAUUCGAUUUAAAGAAAUUAUGAGAUGACUUGGAUGUGUUUUUGAAUGGUUUGAUCUGAAUCAACUUGCAGUUUUAGUUAUUACCGAUUAUAUAUUUAAGUUACACUUUUGUAGAACACUAGAUGGUAUAUGUUUGACUUUGAUGGAGCGGCUAGUUCACGGCACCUGUCAACCUGGAAGCCUUGGCGACGCAGACUCUCCAGGAGAUUCUCAGCUGGGUGCCUAGGUGACCCCGUGGACCGCCCAUGGCCGUGCGGAGAUGCAGUUUGCAAAGCACGGGAGGCCUUUUCGUAUUACACCAUCAACUUCCCUCCCUGUGCAAUAAAUCAAACUGCAUUGCAAAUUCAAAUAUGCACUGGCAGUCGUCGCAAGUUUAGCAUCAUGCACAAGAAAAAGGUUUAGAUUAAGGUCUGGGAGUUUUGUCUGUGGGUCGUACUGUGUAGUUGCAUGAAGUUCUGACUGCCUUGUACGACAGUACAGGGACGUGGUUCUGUGCAUUUUUGGAGGUACCAUUCUGCCCUUGUUCAUUUUGAGGGACAGUGUGAUUACGAUCACUGAUCAUCCCUUAUGAACAAAUACAUUUAUGAAUUGUCUUAAACUGAUUGUUAAAUGACCUAAUAUGCAAUCCUUAAAUAAUAAAUUAUACAAAAGUUGAGAAAUUGAACUGGUGCUUCUCCAUCCAACUUCUCCAUCCUGGUGAGUUGGUUACACCAUCACCAUUAAUCCUGGUGAGGAAGGGCAGUGGCGCAGGCUAUCGAAGUAACAGCUGGGCUGACAGACGUUACUUAGUCUGUUUCGCAUGUAGCAAAGGCUGGGGGGGGGGGUAUUGAUCACUGUAAAAAUACAGGCUCCCUCAGCCUGGCCACCUAUACCAGUGGUAUACAGUGCCUGCUUGUUUAAAUGCCUGCAUCUGUAUUGCAGCAUCUCUGUCACCAACAAGAAUUCAGCUUGGCACAUAAUGUUUUUGUAACUAUAUCUUACUUUGUGUUUGUUCAGCUUUCCUGCAGAUCAAUUAUUCAUAGCACCUACAAAUCACUGGGCAUGGUUUGUGGGACACAGACGUUUAUAAAUGUAAUAAAAUAGAAAUUUAAACAGAGAUCUUUAGUGUAGUGCCACAGUGGCGAGCAGAACCUCUCAGCUCUGUUACCAAGGUUGUGUGUCAGUAUGGAGGUCAUGUGAGAAGUCUGCAUCCUAACAGAAGGAUUUUUGGGACUGGCCCAAUCAAGAGGAACAUUUCAUUUCAUUUUCCAAUAGGCCAGCAUAGAAGUUUAAAGUUUGGAUGUUCAGACUAAAGUUACGUCUGAAUUAUAUUUCGAAAGGUACUACACCAUGACAACGGAAUCCCUGACAUUUCUUCACUAAUGGAAUUCAUUAGUUUUCCAGGACUUUUGCACUUUCAGAAAAGACGAAAUUGAAAUGGAUGAUUCGCACGUUGACUGGAUUUCUGUCGAUAGACUUUGUCACCAUGAAUGGGUGUUAAAUGGAAUCUGUUAAGAAAUGUACAGUUACAGUACUUUAGGCUGCAGUGUUUUGCGGAUUGUUGUCUGUUCCUCCAGGAUGACUCUGGUCUGGCCCCCUCUUGCUCAUUCCGCCUGACCACUGCGCAGAUUUUGCGUCCGUAUUCUGCCAUUCAAAACGGGUGGUCUUCAGUCUCACUGAAACCACAUACGAGAGCGUGCGCUUCCUCGUCAGAGCUGUUGUGGGGCUGUUUUUUUUAACAGGCAUACAUGGGUGUGGAUCUGCAAAAACCUCGCGUCCCUCCCACUGCCCCCUGGCCACUCUCCCCUCGCCCUGGCGGGGCGGCGCGCCCUUAGCGGAGCCGCACGGCACCGUUAGAGGUCAUUGCGUAGAGGCUGUUAAUUCAAGCCAGAUGCGGCCUGCGGCCUUGAUUCAGAACACAUGUUCUGUAAGGUGUGUCCCACUGAGGGCCACCCGGAUCCACAUCCUAUUCCUUCCAUUUCAGCUGAGCGCUGACCUGCCUAUCAAAACAGUUUCAGGAAUAGACUGAGAGAACUAUAUUCAUUAAUACUUUUUAAAAUCGUUGUUAUGCAGCAGUAAUCAAGGAUCACUGGAAAUGUAUCCAAAUCAUCAUAUCAUUCCAUUUCUGUUCCAUUCCAUUCCAACCUUGCCUUGAUUAAAAACAGGAAACAAUUUAAGGUUAACAGAGGAGCAAAGAAAUACUAAUUAAUCAAAAACUGAAUUCAAACCUGAAAUCCAUAAAUCCUCUGUUAUCAGCCGCAUUAACAAGCCUUCCUGGCAGUUUGUUAAGCAAGCAGACUGCCUGAUUUACCAUCUAAGGAUGCAAUCUGUUAGCCAUCAGGCUAACUGAACAUCGUGCUAGCAUCCCAGAAUGCAACUGGUCUUAUGAGGCUGCGAACAACUGCUUUAGUGUUGCUGCCAUGGGUCUUCUGUUCUCUGCCCUACCCGAAAGGAAUUUAAACGCAACCAAUGCCUCUCGCAUCUCAUCAGACCCCUGGCAGAGGGCUUUUGUGAGCUUCCCAGCUGUCAUGUGACUGGAGGCCAGCAGGGCUGUCGAGUAGCUGAACUUGUCGGAGCUCCGCUCUGAAUAGAAGUACAGAUAGGCUGGAUAUGGGCGGCAGACACAGUGAAAGUAGAAAAAGAAGCAGCUGACCCGUACAAGGGCACCCAGUGGAAUUUCCUUCUAUAGUUCAGAGAUUCUGGGCAGAAGGCCAAGUGUCUAAAGGGUGCGAAAGACGGAAAGGUCCAGCCCGCAGAAACCACGUCCGUCAGCAUGGCCGGCUGGUUGAAGAAGUCUUCAGGAAGAUUCCUGGGAAGCUACAAGGACCGCUAUAUCUCAGUGGAGAGGACGGAGAUAGUGGUGUAUGAGAAUGAGGAUUUGGAGAAAUGCAUUGAAAGGGUGGACCUGGAAAAGUAUGACAAAUGUUGUACAUCCAGAGGUCCUUUCCAGAAGAAAAACCGGCUGGUCUUGAUACCGGCCCCUAAAAGUAAGGUCCAUGAGGUCAAGCUUCAGGUGACUGAUCCCGGUCAGAAGGAUGCCUGGCUCAUGGCUAUUAGCGAUGCCAUCAACAGGGCGAAAAACAAAAUUUUUGAUGAGGUAAAAGUUGAUGAAAGCAGUUCUUUGGAACAUGUGACACGCACGAGACCCAAAGGGAAUCGGAGUCGAAGACCACCCACUAGGAUUCACAUGAAGGAGGCUGCUAACACUUCAUCAGAUGGGAUUCUCAGACUGGAUCUGGAUCUUGUUGCUGUGGACACUAUGCCCAAUGGAUCGUGUGAGGUCAAAGCCGAGACAGAGGCUCCGAAGGAGACUAUCAAGCCACCGAUGCCACCAAACAAACCCAGUGAGGCUCCUCCACAGGACUCCGGUGAGGAAGACGGUCUACAGAAAUCGGCCAUCAAACCCCCCAUGCCUCCCUCAAGUGACAGCAAACCCAAGGAGGCUUCUCCACAGGACUCCGGUGAGGAAGACGGUCUACAGAAAUCGGCCAUCAAACCCCCCAUGCCUCCCUCAAGUGACAGCAAACCCAAGGAGGCUUCUCCACAGGACUCCGGUGAGGAAGACGGUCCACAGAAAGCGGCCAUCAAACCCCCUAUGCCUCCCUCCAUUGACAGCAAACCCACUGCCUCACCUGUCAAGGAGCCCGCAGAUGAUAAUUGCAGUAGUGAGAUACAGUAUGUUCCUAGUUCCUCACCUGCUGACAUGACCAGCACAUCCUCAGAAAAAGCAGAAAGUGACGAGACGCCUUCUGCUGACGAUCCAUCACCACCCAGCAAGAACCUGCAACCUCCUAUGCCACCAUCUAAGGACAAGAAGCCCAUUUUAAAACGAGAAGAUGCAGUUCCGGAACAGCCUUUGUCUGUGGAAGGUAACAAGGAUGAAAGGCCUGUGGAACCAACAUCUGAGGAUCAUCCAAGCACAUCCCCAGAAGAAACAGCUUCUGGAAAGGACACCACUUCCAGUGCUGAAGCAACUGUAACACCCUCAAAGGAGGUCUCCAGUGCAGCUGACAAGGAAGAUUUUGUUCUGGCUGCCAAAGAACCAGAGCCUAACAAUUUAACUGCAAUUUCUAUGGAACAACAAGAGCUUGUUACAAGCAGCAGUGUCAUGAAAGAAGAGGAUGAACCAAAGGUAAUUGACCUGGAACCUUGUGCGUCAAACACAAAGCCCCCAGAACAAAUUCCCGAACGUGUCAAAAAGGGUCCUGCCCCCCCUGCUCCUCCCAAAAAGAAACCAGUGAAGCCUCCCCUUGUCAUUGCUGGACAGUGUAACGUCAAAGCCAGUCCUGCCAAUGUUCCAUCUGUGGAGAGUGGAAAUCAGACUGUGAUUAAACCCGUGGAAACAGUUUCUAUGGAAACUAACCUUGAGGCGAUCAGCUGUUCCACGGAUACUAAUAGCGUGAUUCUACCAACUAUUUCAAGCAUGGAAGCGGAGAAUGAGUCUGUAAACAUUAAAAGUACGGUUCCAGAUGGUCAGAUCGUUCCCUCAACAAUAACCAUUGCGGAGUCAAAGGAAGACCCACCAAAAGUAGAUGAUGAGGUGUCCCUUGAGCCCAAGAAAGAUGGUGUGGUCAUAGUCCUCACUAGCUAUGAUUCAGGGGGAAACUUAAAUCUGUCCUUGGAGAAAAUCGAUCGAGAUGAGAUGAGGUCAAGCGACAGUGGCCAACACUCUGAUGAAGAAAUGGAAAGUGGUGACAACAUCAGAGCUUCUACUAUAGCUCUGAGUGGUAGCCGGACUCGCUUGGAAGAGGAGAUCUGUGAAGACGGCGCAGAUUCCAUGGACAACCACGGCCUACUCUCUCUGUCAGGAAAUGUUGAGAACCUGCAUGACUUAAUGAAAAGAGCCUUGAUUCCUGAGCUUAGCGAAAGCUUCUCCCCUGCAUUCAUACCUUUUGUGACAAGGAAGUGCCUAUCUGUGGGAGACCUGCUGUCCACCAGCCAGUCUGGGCCAAAACCAUCUGUGAGAAAUGAUGCUCAUGAGCUACAAGGCAAAGCGUCCCCAAAUCUGACAGCCACAGGGGAGCCCUUUGACAAAGUGUCUGAAGGGAAGGGAAAAAUGAGCACCUCAGCCUUAAAGCCAACGGAACAGGACCAGCUGGAUGAAACUUCGAAGAGACACCAAAAAGCCAGAAUCUUCAAAGCUCACACAACUAGGCGACAGAGCUGGUAGCUGGAUCAGAAUGACAACAUGGAGUUUCUACAAUGUCACAUCCCUGUGCCUCUUUCACAAACGGAGACAAUGAGAUCUUCCAAAACAACCUAGUUACCUCGACCCAAAUUACAUAUGCAAGAGAUCUUAUCAGGAUUAAGUAUAAUUAAUUCCACUUAUGAUUACUUUGAAUGAAGCAGACAGAUUACUUUCAAAGCUACUGUGCCUUGAGGAUUGGAUAUUGCAGUUAGACUGAGAGGUAUGAUGGGUUUGACAUUUAAUGUAAGUAAAGAGAAUUUACUGCUCAGGUGAAUGGAUAAACCUGCAAUUUCUUGUGCACAUUGUAAGUUUAUUAUAAUGUAUACAAGUGUAUUAUGUAUAUAUACACCUGAAUGUCAUGUUUAAUUAAAUAUUACAGUAUUUUAAUGGUAAAAGACAUGAUGAUGUCCGGUCUACUGUUGCGUUCUGUUGAAAUGAACGGCAGAAGACACUCCAGGAAACCCACAGGCGACCGAGGCCCUUCUGUAGACCACAGUCGACCGUCAAAUUGAUUGUUAUAAAUAAACAUGACAGAAAUAGCAGUGUAUAAUUCAACGAAUCGAUCUGAACUGUAAAAUGAAAGCGUCUAAGGUUAGAUGCCCAUCAUAGAAGCUCUGCUCAAAAAAAACAAGCAGAGGGGGACAUCAUAAUUAUUUUAAGUGGUGUACAGUUCGCACUUGGGAGUAUAUUUUUGGAGCUGUUAGAUUUGAGUCCGUUUCAGAAACAACUGCAUGAUUGUGUAGAGUCUCACGUGUAGCAUGAAUCACUUUAAACCUUACUGUGCUUGUGAAACGUAGCCCCCUCCAGGACUGACAGCAUAUCCGACACAGCUGAUGGCGUCCUGAUGACUGUCACUCACCAUUUGCUCACCUUUUACUUGUAGAAUUACAAAUAACUCGCAGCUUGGCAACCGCACAUGCGGUGUAUAAAUAGUGCACAGGAACUACACGUUUCCUGAGUGCUGCACAACACUGAUCUCUCCUUUUGCUGGGACAGAAAAGGGGAACCGAUCUUUCUACAUGGUGUCAUGCUGCUCUCUGUUAGUUAAGAAGGUUUAGGGCUGUUGCUGGCGUUGUGGUGGAUGAUUGGAUGCCAGGUCACUGCCGUCACAGUAACAGGACUUUCCCAUGUGCACCAUGCGUAGUGAACACGUUCAUGAAAUGUUUCUAUAGCAUGACAUACUGUACAGGGUCGGCAACUUUGGUCAGCUUGCGGGCGUGAGAUUUUCAGUUUGAGACAAGAAUGCAGACACAAACACACACAUUUUAUAUGCGUGUUAAAUAAGUAACAGUUUUAUUGCCUUGUAACUUGUAAAUAGUCGGUAGGGUUUGCAAAUUACCCCAAAGCUUUUAAUGUAACCAAUUUUAGGUUUAUAAUGGAAUAAUAAAGAUUUGCCGUAAGUUUUCUUGCAUGAGUGCGAGAGUCGGAAAGCGUGAGAGUCACGCCAGAUGCGUGAGAGUUGGCAGCGCUGGGUACAACAUGUGAAAUGGUGCAUUACACCUGCUUAACUUUUUAUAAAUAAUGUUGUCUGGUGAAAGUGCAGAUAAUCCAGAUAGCCAGAAGGAGCAGAAAUAUAUUCAAAAUACAAACCAAAUGUUAUUGUCUUACUGAGGGCUACAGCCAUCAAAUGACAAAGUGAAAACCAGCCAUUUCUGCAAGGUUGUUAACUCGUCCGGAUACCUGGCAGUGAAUCUGGGACGUAAAGGCAUUUAUUUCACUGUUAUUUCAGGUAUUAGCUUGGUUUUAGUAAGGGUACGGUGCCUAACUGUGUCCAGCAAUAACCUCCUCCAAACUGAUCUCAAAGUUACAUUUCUCUAACUGAAAAUGUUAGCCGUACUAUCGAAAUGUAUUAAAAAGAGCAAUUAUGAAUUUAAUGUCCUUUAUUAUUUUGCGUGGAAGGUUUUUAAAGAUGCUAUGUAAAUGAGUUUUAAAUAAAGCGCCUUAUUCAUGCAGCAA